AUGGACCGAACUAUCCCGGAAUGGAGGCGUUAUUUGCUUGUGCAACCGCCCACGGUACUGCUGAUGUUCGCCAUAGCGAUGACAGGUACUAUUUUGAUCGAUCUGAUAGUUUAUCGUACGUGCACCGUAACGCUGAAGCUAAACGAAACGGAGUGUCUCAUACUCCAUAACAAUAGCAGCAGCAAGGAGGCGCUCAGAAUCAAUUCCAUAGUCCAGCCGUACGCGAGCCUGAUCGUAAUGGGUAAAUCCUUCAUGGAGAGCAUUUCCCCAUCGCUCUUGGUGCUAUUUCUGGGACCGUGGAGCGACAAGUACGGAAGGAAACCCGUUAUGCUUUCAGGAUAUAUAAGUACAUCUUUAACUUUUGUUCUGCUCUCUGUAAUAGCUAAUUGGGACAUCGCGCCUUGGUAUUUCCUGAUAGCCUAUGUCCCCAUUGUUUUUUUCGGUGGCGUAAACGUAUUGAUGCUCGCCACGAUGUGUUACAUCACUGAUAUGACGGACGAUAAUGAGCGAGCAUGGUACUUUGCCUGCUUGGACGCAGUGAUCUCCCUCGGCGUGUUGAUCGGAUUGCUCGUCGGUCCGGUGAUAUUCGAGGCAUGCGGUUACACCGGUGUGUUCAGCGUCGCAACCGCGUUCUGCAUUCUGGCGACGUUAUACACGUUAUUCUUUACUCCGGAAACUGUACACAAUGAAUCUUCCGACAUCCGUAAAGUAUUUGACUUUGCGUUAGUAAAGGAUCUUAUUAGCGCGUGUACCAAAAAGAGAGAUGGAUUCAAUAGGUCGUUAGUUUGGAGCUGCGUAGCUUGCCUCACGAUUCUCUUGAUUGUCUUUGAGGGCUAUCUCGCCAUCGGAUAUCUGUUCGCGAGCGCGCGGCUCGGCUGGACCAUGGAAAAGUAUAACGCCUACUUGGCUACAGACGUUGUGAUAGGAGUGUUCGGAACGAUGUUCGGUAUUAAAUUAAUGCGGGAAUGUGCAGGAUUCUCAGAAACGAUAAUUGCCAUGAUAUCUCUUACAUCGGCUGUCGCUAGUACAUUGACACGUGCCUUUACAUGGCAGUCUUGGCACAUGUAUUUGUCAAUGCUUCUAGGAAUAUUUAGCAACAUAUCUCGACCAAUGAUUCGUGUCAUAUUAACCAAGGCGGUACCUAUACAAGACACAGGGAAGGUUUUCUCCGUGGCUACGUCCGUGGAAACACUGUUACCAUUCGCAGCAGCCUCCAUGUAUACAUUUCUUUACUCCCACUACAUGCCACCUAUAUAUCCUCUACCAGUGUGGUUCUUAUCAGCAGCAUUCGAUGUCAUAACUAUUGUAAUACUGAUAUAUAUUCAGAGUCGAGCGAUAAAAAGAACCACAGUGCCUUUUACCCCAUUAAAUGAAGAUGAUACAUUAAGAUCUUAGUGAGAAAAAACAAGUACAAAAGAUAUCCACGAGAUACAAAA